UGCUCCCGGUGGUAACGGCGGCGCUGAAGAGAGAGUGAUAGUUCUUGUAAUCGGUACCGGAGGGAGAGAACACUCCCUUUGUCACGCCUUGAAACGCUCUCCUUCCUGCAACUCUGUGCUAUGCGCGCCUGGAAACCCCGGCAUCACGAGCUCCGGAGACGCUACAUGCGUACCUGACCUCGACGUAUCAGACAGCUCAGCUGUCAUCUCCUUCUGUCGAAAACAGAAUGUGGGUUUAGUCGUUGUUGGUCCUGAAGUGCCUCUUGAUUUCGAUCGUAUCACUGAGAUGCGUUUCUACAGCCAACUUGAUUUGAAAGGAUUUAGGUUUAGACGUAGUGCUUUAUAUAGGAGGAGGAUCAACAGGAGGUGAAACAAAACAAUCAAGAAGAGUUUAUAGAUCAUCAUUGAUUGAUCAGUAGUGUCUCAAGGUAACUGAAAGUUCUGAGUUUCAGAGAAGAAGACGAAGUGGAAGAGUCGGGGAAGAUCAUUGAUUCUCAAAAAUUUAGAGGAAAAACAAAGGUUUGGCAAAGCGGAGCUGGUAUGGGCUGAGUUAAAACGUUAACUAAAAAAAAAGAGAAAAAUACCAAAAUAGCACUAAAUCAAGUUUUUGUUUCCAAACUAGCACUCAAGGCCAAAAGUCACAAAAUAGCACUCAAUGGGUGGGGUUUAGGGUUUAGAGUUUAGGGUUUAGGGUUUAGAGUUUAGGUUUUAGGGUUUAGAGUUGAGAAGUGAGGUUUUGGGGAUAAGAUUUCAAAUUUUGAAAAAUAAAAAAAAUUUAAAUUUUUCAAAAGAUAAAAUGCUAUUUUGGUCAUUUUAGUUUUUGAGUGCUAUUUUUGUGAUAAAAUGCUCUUCAUCAGUAGAAACGAUUCUGAAAUGGCGGAGAUCUAAUCUCUUAUUGGUCGAUUUUUUUUGAGGACGUGGCAGCCUCUUCAUUAAAUAUAUUUAGCUUUUAGUAUUGUUAGAUUACAAAAUGAAAUUACUUAGGUAUCAUUUCGUAACUUAUACUUAUUGCUUUUUGUUUUGUGCACUUUUUUUGUGCACACUUAUUCUUAUUGCGCAUUCUUAGACAAACUAUACAAAAAUUUUAGUCUAAAAUUUUAGUUUUUUUUAUUUUUUUUACGUCGUCUAAAAUUUUAUUUAUCUAGAACAUUUAUUAAGGUUACAUUAAAAUAGUACUAAUGCAUUUUUCGGACCAAACACAUUAACUCAUGUGUACGUACAAAUCAUGUGGACCAAAUAUUAACUUUUACAAGAAUGUAACGUAAAUAUUAACUUUCAAGCAAAUAAAGUAAAACCACUAUCGAACGUAUGGGAAAAUGGCCAAUUCCUCCAUAAACUAACGACUCCCGGUUUUUUAACACACAAACUUUAACGCCAAGCCAAAACCCACACGAACAAUUUUAUUUUUUUAAUUACAUACACAAACUUUUGAUUUUAACCUAAUUGCCACAAACCGUAAACGGUGUUAUGUUAGCCGUCAACGGUUUAAUGACAUGUCUGAUUUGGUUUAGUUUCUCAUAUAAUUCUGGUUAAACCAAACAAAAAAUCACGUCAUUUUGGUCUUCUUCUUUAAUAGGAGAUAAAAUAAGAAUUAGGUUUCACGACAAAAACAGAAAAGGGAGGGUAAAAAGAUUUUCUGUAGAAUGAGAGUGAUUCUAAUCGGUAUUCUCAUUAGCUAGAGACGUGUUUUUUGCAAUUGGUGGAUUGGGACCAAACAAAGCUCGAGAAUGAGGUAAGUGAACUUUGGUUAUCUCUGAAAUUCUCAAAAUCAGGUCGUUUUACUCUCCUUUUGAUGGCCUGCUGUUUAUUUUGCAGUAGCAACAUAUUUUUGGAGUGUGAAACAGAGAGAGACGAGGCAGGGAUGGAAGAAAAUGAAAGAGAUGCAGAGAGAUAUGAGUAUGAAAGAGAUACUGAGAGAGAUAGGUCUCCAUGUUAUGAAGAAGCAAGAGUUGAGAGAAAUGUGAGGGAUUUUGUGGAUGAAGAUGUUGAUUUGUUUGCUACACCUGUUGGCUCAGAUGAUGAUCAAGAUGGUAAUGAAGGAGAAGGCUACUUCACAUACAAGAAAGGCAGUGGUGAGCUUCAGUUAAAACAAGCCUUUGAUAGUUUACAGGCUUUCAAGCAAGCAAUGGUAGAUUAUGUGUUAAAACAUGGUUGGAAUGUGAAGUAUGUCCGUUGGGAUAAAGACAAAUCUGAACUCAAAUGUGCUAGUGAAGCAGAAGAAGGAGAAGAAGCUUGUAUGUGGAGGAUAUACUGCUCCUAUGAAGCACCAUUGCAAAAAUGGAUGGUUAAAGUGUAUGUAAAGGAUCACAGUUGCAGUAAAAGUGGGUACUCAAGGCUGAUUACACAAGAAGUCAUUGCCAAGUUGUUUAAAAAUGAUCUUAGAGACGACCCCAAGAUAAUGCCAAAGGAGAUAUUGGUUGAUAUUCAGAAGCGUUGGGAAUUGACGGUGACCAUAGAUCAGUGUAGAAAUGCAAAGACAAGGGCUUUAGAAAUGAUCAAAGAGGAGAAUGAUCAACAAUUCUCAAGGCUUAGAGAUUAUCGGGUAGAGUUGUUAGAGUCCAAUGAGGAUUCAACGGUAGAGCUCGAGACGUUCAAUGGAGAUGAUGGUUCAGAUGUUUUCUAUAGAUUUUACGUUUGCUUUGCUGCAUUGAAGAAGACUUGGUGUGCUCACUGUCGACCGAUAUUUGGUCUUGAUGCAUGCUUCCUCAAGUGCACAACAAAGGGUCAGUUGUUAGCAGCUGUUGGCAGAGAUGCAAAUAACCAAAUGUUUCCUAUAGCGUGGGCUGUUGUUGACGUCGAGAGUGAAGACAAUUGGGUUUGGUUUAUUGAGAAAUUGCAGACGGACCUGAAUCUCCACGAUGGUGAAGGCUUUACUAUCAUAUCAGAUAGACAAAAAGGGUUACUUAAUGCAGUAUCAAAUAUCUUGCCAAUGGUUGAGCACAGGAUGUGUGCAAGACAUAUUUACGCAAACUUAAAGAAGAAACAUCCACAUAGAACUGACAUGAAAGGCAAAUUCUGGAAGGUCGCCAAGAGCUACAACAUGGCGCAGUACAACAAGAGGGUGGAUGAGGUGAAGGCAUAUGACAUGAGUGUAUAUGAUUCGAUGAUGAUGAAGAAUCCCAAAAAUUGCAGCCUCGCCUUCUUUACUCCAUCCUCGACUUGUGAUGAUGUAAGCAACAACAUAUCUGAGUCUUUUAAUUUUGCGGCAAUUAUGUGUUGUGGUCUUUCUAUGAAUGGAAAAUCUGAAGAUAAACCAUUCCCAAGCUCUCUUGUUGUAGAAACAGAGAAACCUGCGAGAGAGAAAACUACCGUGGAAGUUGAAUAUAUUAAAUCUGAGAACUUGAAUAAUAUCUUUCUAUAUUCCACAAGGAACCAAUGAUGCAUAUGCUGUAAUCCGUCUUCUCUGUGCUGAAGUCUGUGACUUUUUUUUUACUUUAUUAUCUCCUAAAAGUAAAUUAAAAUAUGGAAGUCUCAUCUUACGAUGAUAAUUCCUUUUUGCUCCGUCGUCGUGAAAGCUAUGUUGUCGUAAAUCUUAAUAUUGAUUUAAUCCCUAAGUGAAGAAGAAAAGCAAUACAACGUCGUUUUCCUCUUUAUUUAACCAGAUUUAAAUGAGAGAUUAAGGCUGUUGACGGCUAACAUAACAACGUUUACGGUUUGUGUCAAUUAGGUUAAAAUCAAAAGUUCAUGUAUGUAAUUAAAAAUAUAAAGUUGUUCGUGUGGGUUUCGGCUUGGCAUCAAAGUUCGUGUGUUAAAAAACCGGGGGUUGUUAGUUUAUGGAGGAAUCGACCAUUUUCCCAUCGAACGUAUAUCACAUCUUUUCCAUAUAUCGUAACUAUAAUUAUACUGAUAUAUAUAUAAGAUAUACUUUUUUUUUAUAUUAGAUACAACUAUAUGCAUCGAUUGUCACAUAUUAUAUAAUUAUUUUGUACAUAUAUGUUUGUUAUUUGAAUUCUCAUGUAUCCUCUAUAUUGACUAUACCAUUGAAAAAUGCUUAGCUACUAAUUAUAAAUAGUAAUUAUGGUUAGUUAGGAUUCAAAAUUAAAAAUUAACAGAAUAUGUAAUAAGUAAUGAAUAUCUUACCUUAUGGACAACCAAUAUAUAAUAAGCUUUUAUUGUGUGUUACAUCAAUAUUUUAAAAGAUACUGAAGUAUUCAUUAUUAGGUUAUAGUAUAUAUGCUUUAAUACAAAAUCAUCUAUCUAUACUAUUAUUUGCGAAGUAAAAUUUUGGAAUCGAGCUCUCACAUUGAAAGUUAGAGCGGUUAAUAUCUAUAAUACCCUUAAUGAAUUUUAUAUAUAAUUAAUUAUAUAAUCAAAAACUAAUUUUUAUUAAUAAUAUUAAAUUUUAAAAAAUAAGAUAAUUCUUAUAUAUUGUGCUG